AUGUGGCGCCAUGCCGUUCGGAGCGUGUGCAUCGGGACCAAGAUGCCACGGCCGCCCGGCGCCCCGGAAAAGCCGCUGGGCGUGUUGUCCUAUACCUUGACCAAAGCCGUCAGCGCGCACGUGCACGAAGCGCAUGUCGACCAUGCACAAAAAGCCGCCGCAAAGGGCGAGCUGAUUCUGGGCUCCGUGGCAUGGGAGGGGGACUCUGCGCUGCUGAUCUUCUCCUCAGAGGACUCGGCGGACCGCUUCGCCGCAAACGACCCGCUGCUGCGGCAGGGCCUGGCGCGGGUGGAGGUCCAGGAGUGGCCCGCGCCUUUGGCGCAAGAACUUCUUGCGGGGGGGGGGGGGGUGUAG